AUGCCAGAGUUUGAGGCCCCAAAAAAGCUGCGAGCUGCCCUCCCUUUGGAGAUUGGAAUGCCGCAUCGUGUCUGGAACUGCAGCCAGGCAGGGGCUUUGGUGGCGUGGGUCCUGCAGGGGGACUCACCGGUGCUUGGGAAGGCUCUCUCCUCUGACAAGAUUGUUGAGCCUUGCUGUGCCCCCUUGAUUCCCGGCAUGGAGGGCAUCAAGAGGGCUGCUCUCGACGCAGGUGCUUUCGGCUGCACCAUCAGCGGUGCUGGCCCCACUGCCGUUGCGGUCAUUGAUGACGAGAGAUCGGCUUAUCAGUGGCAACUGGAUUUGAAUUCCUAUGCCACUGUCGCUGCCAUUGCCAUGAUGCAUCUGCUGAUAUGCACAUCAUUUUCUGAGACUUUCUAUUUCCGGUUAAUGUGA